GUGCAUUAGCGUUGCAGAAGGUGGGUAACAGUGUUCCAUGUUGGUUCCAUGUGCUAUUUCCAAGCUGCUGCGGUGAUCGGAAAGCUCUUGAUUGUGAUCGGCGAGGCCGGGAAGAAGGAAGAGGACUUUUUAAGUCCAAUUUGUUUUUGUUUAUUCAAUUCUUUUGGAGAAGCAUCCAUUUUUCUUUUUCUUCCAUUUCGUUUUGAUUAAUUGUCGGGUGGAAGCUCGGCCACGUGAUGGCGGCCGCUAUGGCCGAUACUGACCUGAGCUCCGCUGAGGGUGCCGGUCCGGCCGGACAACAGCCGGGUCAGAGCUCCGACCCGACGCCGGAUCAGGAGCGGGCCGGUCAGGAGAAGCCGCCGAACACCGAGGAGGGGCCGGUCGAGCACCACCAGGUGCUGAUUAUCGGCGGCGGCGUCAGCGGCCUCUCGGCGGCCUCCUGCCUCGUGAAGAACGGCAUCACGGACUUCCGGCUGCUGGAGGCGCGCGGCCGGCUCGGCGGACGAGUGGUGGGCAUCACCGUCGACCAGCUGAAGCUGCAGCUGGGCGCCAUGUGGAUCCACGGCGUGCUCGGUAACCCCAUCUACGAGCUGGCCGUGCGCAGCGGACUCAUCAAGUCGAUCCAGGACCAGCCGGUACACAGCCUGAUGGCGUGCAGGGAGGACGGCCGGCCCAUCCCCUUCCACAUAGUGCAGGAGGUGUACGACGCGUAUGAGCAGUUCAUGGACCGCUGCGUGGAGUACUUUCUGUGCAAGUACGAGCCGCCGGACGGGGUCCGCUCAGUGGGCGAGCACAUUCGUCUGGAGGUGGACCUGUACCUGGCCGGACUGCCCGAGCGGGAGCGCGACGUGCGCCGGCUGCUCUUCGAGUACCUGCUCAAACGCGAGGCCGUCAUCGCCGGGGCGCACAGCAUGGACGAGGUUGACCUGCUGGAGUGCGGCACGUACUGUGACCUGCCGGGCGGCAACAUCCUGCUGCCGGAGGGCUACUCGUCGAUCCUGGGCCCGCUGCGCCAGGACGUGCCGCCGGAGACGCUGCUGCUCGGUCACCCGGUGAGCCGGGUCAGCUGGGCGGCCCGGCCGGACCGCGUCACCGUCACCUGCGAGAGCGGCCGCCGGCUGUCGGCAGAGCACGUGGUGUGUACUGUGCCGCUGGGCGUGCUCAAGGAGCGCGCCGAGCGGCUGUUCGAGCCGCCGCUGCCGGCCGCGCGCACGGCCGCCAUCCAGCGGCUCGGCUUCGGCACCGCCAACAAAAUCUUCCUCGAGUACGACCGUCCGUUCCUUCCGGCCAACGUCACGGAGCUGCUGCUGGCCUGGGGCCCGACCGACCACAGCCAGCCGGUGGCGCAGCGCUGGCAGCGCAAAAUCUACUCCUUCUCCAAGAUGUCGGAGACGCUGCUGCUGGCCUGGGUGGUGGGUGAGGAGGCUGUUCACAUGGAGACCCUGCCGAUGGAAGAGGUCGGCCGGGUGUGCACGGAGGUGCUGGCUACCUUCCUGGACGACCCGUGUGUGCCGCGGCCCAAACGUACCGUCUGCUCCGGCUGGAAGAGCCAGCCCUACUCGCGAGGCUCCUACUCGUUCAUCAAGACGGGCUCCACGCAGGCCGACAUCUACACCGUCGGCUCGCCCAUCCUCGCAGAGGACGGAAAAACGCCUCGUCUGCUGUUCGCCGGCGAGCACUGUCACCCUAGCUUCUACUCGACGGUGCACGGCGCCUACCUGACGGGCCGCAGCGCCGUGCAGCAGAUCCUCUCUGCCACAGCGACGGCCGACGACGGCCGGCCGGCCGCCGCCGCCGACGAGCCGCCCACACUGCACCAGCCUGACGAGGACGCCACCGACCUGAGCGCCUGGCUGGCCGGCAUAGACCUCACCUAGCCGCCGCCACAGCCGCUCGUAACAUGGCCCGUAGAACACAGCGCCGUCCGUCCGACCGACCGACCGCCGGACGGCGCCCACCGCGCCAGGGUUUCAUAGAAUGUGUGACGCCGGUAGGGGUAGACGCGGGACGGGGUGGGUUUUUUUGGGGGGACGGGGGAGGGAGGGGACAGUCGGACUGGAGCACGCCGCCAGCUAUUUGCUUGCGUUGCCUGCUCGCCGUCCCCCUUUUGCGGUGCUUCAGUGCGGGGCGUUUGACGUCCGUUUUGUGCCGUGGCCGCCUCUCAGACCCGCGGCAGCGGCGGCGGUCGCCUUGAGACCAGUAUACGUGUAUGUAUUUACAUGACAUUGCCUUGCGUACAUAAGUAUGCGGUACAAUUGUGCGAGCCUAGUCGGUUUGAGACGAUGUGCAAUCGAGACGCAGGUCGAGAUAUUUGAAAUACAAGAUGAGAGAACAGCA